AUGUCGAUUGCGCAGGCGUCCGUGGAUGCAACGCUGGAUAAACCUGACCGGUCACUGGAGUUGCUUACGGCUAGCUUGAAAUGCGGCAUCAAGUACUCGGAGCCGCUCAAUCUCAGCGGGUAG